AUGUCUACCACUGAGACCCAACCCACUAUCAUUUCUACCGCGCUCGAUGGGGUGACCAACACUCAAAGCACUCCUCUUUUCAACCGCCGGACAUGUCCGCCCCUACCUCUGGGUGUCGCGGUUGGAGCACCAAGCGAGAAUUUCAAGACUCGCCCUGCGGCUGGCAAAAAGCCAGCUCGAAGAUGGGACCACAUCUUGAGUUUGGAGAGCAAGGGUCGCAAACCUUCGAAUCUCAAGGGAACUGCGAGGUACAUGAAGCCAGGAGUCUUGAACCUGUGCGGAGGCGUUCCUUCAAGCGAAUACUUCCCCUUCAGCUCCAUCAGUACAGCAUCGCCAAAGGCUUCAGAUAUCCUGCCAUCGUCAAAAUUGCAGCCAUCUUUACAGACUCUUACAAAGCACGAUGUGGCAGACGGAACAUCGGAAUAUGAUCUGAAUAUCGCUCUCAACUAUGGUCCGACAUUGGGCGCUGCUCAAGUUUUGCGGUUCGUGACUGAGCAUGUAGAACUCUUGCACGAACCUCUGUACGCGGAUUGGGCAGUCACGUUGUCGAUCGGGUCCACAUCAGCGCUUGACAUCGCAUUCCGAAUGUUCUGUGAGCGAGGGACCUACGUGUUGGCCGAAAAGUUCACCUUCAGCUCAACGGUCCAGCUGGCAGAAGCUUUGGGGGCCAAAUUGCUCGGCGUGGAAGUGGAUGAUGAAGGUAUGGUCCCAGAGUCGCUGGACCAUAUCCUAAAUGAGUGGGAUCCUGCGUACUACGGUGGAGCGCCUAAACCAUUCCUUGUGUACACUAUCCCAUCUGGCCAAAAUCCUACAGCAUCAACUCAACCUCUCGAACGCCGCAAAGCUAUCUAUGCAGUAGCAGAGAAGCAUGACCUCUUCUUACUGGAAGACGAUGCCUAUUAUUACUUGCAGAUGGAUCCCUACAACGGUAACACAGAGUACAACCCGCCUCAACACCCUCCCACGUUUCAAGAAUACAAAGCUGGUCUAGUCCCCAGCUUCCUAUCUCUGGACACUUCUGGUAGGGUCCUCCGCAUCGACACGUUCUCCAAGAUCAUCGCACCAGGUGCUCGCGUAGGCUGGGUCACAGGUCCCGCUCAACUCAUCGAGCGGUAUCAACGCCAAGCAGAGUUUGGCACUCAAGCUCCCAGCGGAUUCAGUCUUCUCGCUCUCUACAACAUAUUGGAAAAGGAAUGGGGUCAUGAGGGCUUCUUCAACUGGUUGGCCUAUCUGCGAGCUUCAUACACUCAUCGUCGAGACGUCAUGGUCAAAGCCUGUUACGAUCAUCUGCCUGCUGAAGUCACGAGUUUCACAACUCCUUCUGCGGGUAUGUUUCAGUGGAUCCGUGUCAAUGUUGCUAGUCAUCCCAAGGUCAACCAAAACGACCAGAGCGAUGCUGGGCGUCAACAGAAUCUGCUGGAUAUCGAGCAUGCAAUCUUCGAAUCUGCUACCGAGGAACAGGUGCUGGUCGCCAAAGGAAGCCUUUUCAAGACUGCUUUGCAUAAAGGUGGAGCGGUGGAUUAUGGUGUGUACUUCAGGAUGACAUUUGCUGCUGCACCUGAAGAUCAGAUUGAGGAAGCUGUGAGACGUUUUGGAGUCGCAAUCAGGAAGGAGUUUGGGCUCUGA